AUGAAUGCAAAACAGAUCAGGAUUCAUAGCGACUCCCAGCUCAUUGUGAACCAGGUAACGGCAGACUUCGUGGCCAGAGACGCCUCCAUGAACGCCUACCUUUCGUCUACCCACCAGCUGCUCCAGAGCUUCCGAGCCUACGAGAUCAAGCAGAUCCCCAGAAACGAAAACAGCCAUGCCGAUGCAUUGGCAUGGCUAGCUUCGGCAAUCAAUGAUAAGGUCGGAAGAAAAGUGCCGGUGGAAAUUCUUGCCCAACCGAGCACGGUAGCCUCCGAAAUAUGUACCGUACGGUACGAAGACACAUGGAUGUCCCCUAUCUACUCAUACCUGGCCAACGGCACUCUUCCAGAGGACAAGGCCCAGGCCCGAAAGCUUAGGUACCGAUCGGCAAGGUACACCGUCAUCAACGACAUCCUUUACAAACGUGGCUACACGACUCCGUAUCUCAAGUGCCUUACGGCAGAACAGGGGGGCUACGUCCUCCGGGAGAUCCACAAUGGUGUUUGCGGCGACCAUUCCGGGUCCCGGUCACUCGCGCACAAAGCUUUUCGGCAGGGAUACUUCUGGCCGACCAUGCACCAGGACGCCAGUUCGCUUGUGAAGAAAUGUGAUAAAUACCAGCGCUUCGGCAACAUACAGCAUAUCCCCGCCGAACCCCUGACACCAAUCGUGAGUCCUUGGCCUUUCGCACAAUGGAGACUAGACCUGAUCGGUCCUAUGCCGCAAGGUAAAGGCCAGGUGAAAUACGUUGUGGUUGCCGUUGACUACUUCACCAAAUGGGUGAAAGCCGAACCUCUUGCAACCAUAACGGCAACAAGGGUAGAAGACUUCGUCUGGACUCACAUUUGUUGCCGUUUCGGUAUCCCGUAUGCAAUCAUUACCGACAACGGCAGGCAGUUCGAUUCGGAGCUCUUCAGGCAAUUUUGCACCCGCCUGAAAAUUAACUUGUUUUUCGCAUCACCGGCCCAUCCCCAGUCAAACGGUCAAAUAGAAGCAAUAAACAAAAUCAUCAAGAAACUGCUGAAACGGCAGCUGGACAAAGCCAAAGGAGCCUGGCCAGAAAAGCUUCCCGAAGCGCUAUGGGCCAUUCCUCCUACCGAACGUCCACAGGAGAGACCCCUUUCUCUUUGGCUUUCGGUUCGGAAGCCGUUGUGCCGGUAG